GGUGCCUCGGCCCAGCCUCUCUGUGUCGGUGCCUUCAGGUUGUUUGUCCGUCAGUCUGAAACAAAACCUGUGAUGAGACUUUUAAUAAUGGCGUGGCCGUGGCGGGGGGCUGCAGCUCUCUGCCCGAGUCCAGCAUCAGAAAACCACCUGUAAAACAUCGACUUUGGAGCUUAUACAGCCAUUUGAAAAGUGAUUUAAUGAUACCUGACAGAGUAUAAAUCUCCGCUGAGAGCCAGCUCUGCAAAAACUGUGUGAAACUAUACUGGACUAGUCGCUGGAAGGAAGCGCUUUCUUUGCCAUGUCGUUACUGUGUGUCAGAGUGAAAAAAGCCAAGCUCCAAGGACCUCCAGACAAGUUCAACACCUACGUGACGCUGAAGGUGCAGAAUGUCAAAAGCACAACUAUCACGGUGCGGGGGGACCAGCCCUGCUGGGAACAGGAUUUCAUGUUUGAGAUCAACCGGUUGGACCUCGGCCUCAUUGUUGAGGUGUGGAACAAAGGCCUCAUCUGGGACACCAUGGUGGGGACAGCUUGGAUUCCUCUGACGAGUAUCCAACAAUCAGAGGAGGAGGGCUCAGGUGAUUGGAUGUUUCUGGAUGCGGAGGUCCUGAUGAAGGCGGAUGAGAUAUAUGGCACCAAGAACCCAACGCCUCAUCGACUCAUGCUGGACACUCGCUUCGAGCUGCCUUUUGACAUCCCAGAUGAUGAGGCACAGUACUGGACAGGCAAGCUGGAUCGCAUCAACACCAUGAGAAUCCACGAUGAGUACUCUCUUCAGGAUGACGUCCAGAGUCGCCCACUGCCAUUUGCUGCCUCCCAGUGCUGCAACUAUUUCGGAUGGGCCGACCCACUGACUCUGGAUGACCAGGACAGCGCCGUGGACGACCGGGACAGCGACUACCGCAGCGAGACGAGCAACAGUCUGCCUCCACGUUACCACACGACGGCUCAGCCCAACUCUUCCGUGCACCAGUAUCCCAUGGGGCCUCGGCAGCAGCAGCAGCACCACCCAGAUUCCUGCACAGACUCUGUCCACAGUUUUGACCUGGACUACAGGGACCAGAGAGGAACCAGAUCAUUAAACCAGAAAGGAAGGGUCAAAAUUAUACCUGUAGAUUCUGGCAUGGGGGUUGAAGAUUGGGAAAACAAAUACAAAGGGCAGGGCAAGCCCCAGCUGAGUGACUUCUUGGAUGACGAGGAAGACAACGUUAUCCUUCGAAUGGGAAGACCCUACCCCGAGCCAUCGCACACCUCUAUCCGUCUAAAUUCUCAGCGCAGUGGUUCUCUGCCUGCCACCUACCCUGAGGAAUAUGACACUAUUGAUCGGCGGCGGAAGAAAAAGAUAAGGGACCCAGGAGGGUUGCUCAGCACACAGGCAGACAAAAUGAGAGAAGAGGCUUUUCCGUCUGACCUUGCACUGCUCCGUGAGAAGAGAGGGGAGCUGUUUAUGCGGCAGGUAGUUGAGAUGCAGGAAGAGGAGGAGCGUAUGACUACAUGCCUCAGGCCAUACCAGAAUGGGCUUCUCUACAAGACACGGAUGUGGGCGAAAAAUGAGCUAGACAACACUUUGGAGAAUUAUGUGGCAUACAAAAGAGAGCAAGAUGCUAAAAUGAGGUCACGGUUUGAUUUUGAUUUGGAGAGCUUUGAGGAUCUGCACUACUCCAUAGGAGCAGAGGAGGAUAUUGAGGACUUUAUAGCAGAGGACUUUCACCCAGAUAACGCAAGACAGUACAAAGACAGGUAUUCUUUCUCCUGUCACAUAGACAAUUCUCAGGGUCCUCGAGAGAAGAAGUGUGGAAAAGCUAAACUUGGAGGAUGGGCUCCGGAGGCAAUGCUCUCUCCUGUAGAGGAACCAAGUGAUGAAUAUGUAGACCCUAUGGAUGAGCUCCAGUGUCUGGUUGAAACGGUUUCUGAAUACCUUGCUGAAAAAGAGGAGGAAAUCAGCAAGUAUGGUUCCCUUCCUAAAUCAAGCAAAUCUAGGCUAUCAUCUCAGGGUAGCUAUAGGACCGAUUCUUUUGGAGAGGAACUAAAUAGUUCACCAAAGGAUCCUAGAGGGGAAACCCAAUCACACACUCCAUCGGAUCAGGGCAUUUCAGGAGUGAAAAGUGCCAUGAGCUCAUUAUUUAGUUCUCUCACUGACAAAGUUGGAGGAGGUCCCAAACAGCCUGCCCUGUCUCCACAAGCACCGUCUGCACAAGCACCGUCUGCACAAGCACCGUCUGCACAACCCUCCAACCAGUCUGGACUAACAAAACUGUUUUCCUUUAUUCCUAAAUCGAAUAGCUCAGCUCCUGUAGCUGUUGUAUCUCCAAUAGAAAGUCCUCAUGAAAAAUCAUUCAGUUAUCUGCCUUCUCAGCCACCACACGAUGCCAAGACACAAUGUCCUAAUCAAGAAACGAAAGCUCCCACAAGGAGUCAGACUCAAACAAGUACAAAAGAGCAUGUACCCAAGUUUGUAACCAAACCUCAAAGUGCUCCAGGAAACUCAGUCUUGGGGAAAUUGAAUCCUUUAAAGCUUUUUUCAGCAGGGGAAAAUGGGAACUCAGCUGAACAUGCGCCAGAGUCCACAUAUUCUCAAGGCCAUACACAAUGGGAUGAGAAAGGUGUUCAUCUAGCUAAACCGUCAAUGACAGCAGAAGGAGAUAAUAAAUCAGAAAAAUUAAGAAGUUCGUCGCAAGAGAAACAUUUGGAACAAAAACAAGAUGAAAAUAUAUAUGGCAGACAAAAUCCGGUGACUUACAAACAAGAGUAUGUGCCUAAUCCAGCAAGGUCGACUGGCCAAACACAAUCAGCAAACACUGGAUUCUUUAGCCCUUUCAGGAAGUCAUUGAGUUCAUUGAUCACACAUUCUGUCCCCAUUCCACCUCAGGGAGCUCCACCGGUGGCAGUUUACCCAGUGUUUAGAUCCACAGAGGAUCCCCGACUAGAGAAACCAGUGGAGGACCCAUCAUUGAGCAGUAAGCUUAAACUGCCUUUCCUCUCUUCUGAAAAUGUCUCCACUCAGCAACAUCCCAAAGCAGAGGGAGGAAUGCUCUCUGGUUUUUUAAAGUUUGCAUCCAGUGAAGAUGUUAGUGCCUCCACGAACACGCAGAAUCCUGUGCAGUCAUAUCAUGAUUCAACGUCAACAACUUCCACCACCUUUACACAAAAUGCUACUCUGCCCCAGGAAAAUGCUGAGAAAGGAUGGUUUUCCAGCAUAUUUAAUCCUACCUCUUCUCCCUCUGGUUCAAACCAGAAUUUGACUAGUAAUCAGCAAUGUCAGAACAGCAAUGUGCCAUCUGGCUCACAUGCACAACAUACAUCAAAUCAGAAACCAAUAGCAGACCCUCAUGGAUUGCAGCAUCAAGCUCCCAGUCAACCUGAAUCACAAAGUUUUUUGACAGGUCUUUUUAAAGGGAGCUCAACUGAGGACAUCUCUCAUAUGGGCUCUAAUCAACCCAAACAAGGAGGACUGCUAUCUGGACUUCUUAAAUUUGGCUCUACCAGUGACCUACCUGGCAAUUUGCCACAGCAGACUUCCCAUAACAAUCAACCACCCAGGAGCAGUAAUCCCCCACAGUUUGCUGAUCACCCUCCCCCACAACAAAGUUCAUCAGUACCACGAAUGGGGGGCUUUGUCUCAGGGCUAUUGAAGUUUUCAUCAACGGAAAAUAUACCACAACAUGUACAGCCUUCUGAAGCUGAAAGGCAGGGGAACACCCCUGGAAAUUACCCUGGUCAGCGGCAGACUUCAGAUGAAACGCAAUCUCAGCAAAAGGGGCUGUUGUCGGGCUUAUUUAAAUUUGCAUCCUCUGAGAAUGUUUCAAGCAGCCAAAUGGUUCAGCACCAACAAAGCAAUGUUCAACAUAAUCAACAGGGUUUCAACCAACAGAAUACUCAAGGUCCAAACCAAGGGGCUCAACUCAGGAAUAAAGCAUCAAAUCAACAAGUUGUCCAACAGGAGACAAGUAAACCAGGCUUUACUCGGCAACAAACGUUUCCACUCCAGCGAACACCAUCCCAACAAAGUGGUCUUUUAUCUGGUCUUUUUAAAUUUGCUUCAGCAGACAGCAUAAAGGCACAUGAGCACCCAUCAGCUCAACAGCAUGGAAUUAUGCCAAGUAAAUCCAGCUAUGAGCAACCAAGGGCAAGGGAUAUCCCAAUUUCCAACCAAAAUCAACCACAAAAUAGCUCAACACAAAAAACUACUCAAGCAAGUGGUCUGCUUUCUGGACUAUUCAAAUCCUCCUCAGAAAAUACCUCUCAACAGCAGCAGCCCGCAGUGCUCCAGACCGCUGAAGCACAGGUGGAGACAGCAAGUCAAUCUGGAGUGCUCUCAGGAUUGUUUAACAAGUUAACAAAAUCAUCUGAAAACAACGACACAAGCUGCCAAAUAUCGACAGGACAAUCACAGCAUCAGAACGCCAAUAAUUACACAGUCACAAUGAAGACCCCUCUACAAACACAUUUAAACACUAAUGUAACACAACAAUACUCACAAGAACAUGCAGAGAAAGAGAAGAGGGUUCCACGACCUGCCCAACAAGGGUUUUUAUCUGGACUGUUUAGCAAAAAUGUAACUGAGGACCCUUCUACUCCUAAACAAGUAGAAACAUCAGGUCAGAUUACAGAACAACAGAUGCCCUCAAAUAUGUUCACAGAGUUACAUUCAGGCAUAUUAAAAAGUGCUCCCUCAGACUUUGGAAGGGACAGCUGUCAAAGAGUUGUUCGAGAUUCUUUCAAUCCAGGACAGAGCAGACACGCUUUAAUCAAUGCACCUGUGUCAAUUGAUACUGAGAGUUUAGACUUAAGAACAUCAGUUACUUUUGCAAGAUCUCUUCAGAGUCAGGCAACACACUCCUCAAUUAGCACAGGUAACUUAUCUCAGUUAUAUUAUUCUGGCUCACUUCAGUCAGUUCACCCAAUGGCUUAUAGUACAGGAAAUAUUCAUUCCCUUUUACAAAGCCAUACACCUUCCUCAGUAGUGACCAUGCAGCCAUAUAUUGGCAGAAGCACUUCCUCUUUGUAUGGCGAAACAGGGCAUAAUCUUUACCAAGGUCAGGUGUCCCCUUAUGGAACAAGUCCCUCCUAUGAUGAAAACCAGUGGAUCCGUGAAAGUGCUCUCUGGCAGCAGUUUCAGAAUGAGUCACUGAAUUAUCAAUUCCAGGAAGAGGAUCAAGUGUAUAGACAGAGCUGUGAAGGUGCGUCAUUACAGGCAUCUGCUCUCCCCUGCAGCGCCUCAAACACUUAUCAGCCAUUUAACUCCUCCACACCAUGGCAAGGUGUUGUUUGCCAAGAGCAAAUUCAACCAUAUCAGUUUGAGGGACACAGGAUCGAUGAUCCAUAUCCCAAGAGGAAAUUAUGGAACAGCCACGAAGACUUGAGAGAUGUAGAAUAUACACCUAAUGAGGAGGGUGCAUUGAACUUAACUAAUAAGCAAAGUAAUGCAAAGUUUGGAACAUGGCAUUCAUUUAAUGAUUGCAGCACUUACAGCUUGAAUGGGGUUUCCUAUCAUGAAGGUUAUUACGAAGAGACUGCACCAAGCUUAUCUUUUUCUGCUAACUGGCAAUAUGGAAUGGAUAAUGCAGUCCUACAAAAUGCCCAUACUGAUGGCAUGUUCCAUCAGAGUCAGUUUAAUUUGAAUAGACCAAUAGAUUCAAACUGUCCCCCUAGUGUCAAAACUGAGACGGAAGACUCCCUGUACCUCGAAGACACUGAGUGGUAUCAGCAGUGGCUUGCACUUUUGGAGCAAGGAAUGUGGUGGCCAGCAGAAGAUGGUGACUGUGGCUACUUUGUUUACACAGAUCACGAGUACAUUUAUGCCUUGCUUACAGAUGCAGCAGGUGAAUAUGUGUACGCAUGUGCUCCUGAAGGUGAGUCUUGGGGAAAUGAACAGAAAUUAGAUGGUUUUCCCAGUGCUUGGCUACACAGUGAAAUGGUUGUAGUGUGUGGCUUUAAAAUUCCACUUUACAAUGAGGAUGAGCUUCUUUGGCUACCUGGUCAAAAUCACCGUGAUUCCCAACUUCUUAAUGCCCCUCUAGAUUUGUCUGCUGCCUAUAGAAAAGGAAAUCAGAUCAUGAAUUUAAAUCUUGAGCAGUUCUCUGAAAUGUUUGAAAAUUCAUUUAUGUCACAAGGCCAACAAGGUGUAGAUUUCACAGCUUACAGAUUAAACAAAGUCAGGAUAGAUCCAAGACAGCAGAGUGACAUCUACGAAGACCAAUACAAAGAUGUUAUAGACCUUUCCUGUCAUAAUAAAGACCACAUCGCCCCUUAUUGGAACAACCAGGAAAUGAAGACAUUUCUUGCUCAAAAGGUUGCUGUUUCCCUGAACUCAACUCCAACUGCAAAUUCCAAUCACAAUCAGGAGCUACUUCACAACUGUUACCAACCUUGCCAACGGCGGCGUUCAUCCACUGGGGUAACAGUGAAGCAUAUAGAUGAUGUAUCAGAGAAGGAAUGGAGAGAGAGAGUGUCUCCGGGAGAAGAACAACCUAACCGUCAAGUCAAAAAGAUUUCUUCCCUCAUAUCCUCUUUUGUGGGCAAAACAUCACAGGUGGAGUUAAACAAAACUAGCAUAUCCUCCUGUGAUAAAGCUCCUGACAAAAGCUCAAAGAACAUUCUUACAUCAGGUUUCCAAAGUCUGAAGUCAAAGAUCAUCAAAGAGGAAUCUACUGCUGAUGUGACUCAGCCAGAUUUAAUUGUUAAACAACAAAUGCAGAGUCCAGCUACCACACAGAGAAGAAUGUUGCCUACAGUACAAACAGCUGCUCAAGUGACUCAUCCCUCAAUUCAAUCACAUACAGCUUCACAGAAGCCUAGACUUACACGUCAGACUACCAUGGUACAACAAACAACCCCACAAACACAGCCCAAUGUCACAGUGCCUUUAGGAUCAAAAGAAUCACUUAUUAAAACUGAACAAGUUACAGCUAGUAAGCCAGUGGAUGUACCGUUGGAGAAACCAUCUGAGCCACAACAGGCGGGCUUUAUGAACUUUCUGAAAUCUGCAGUGGGAAUAGAGGAACCUGUGCCAGAUCCCCAGAAAUUCUCUCAGACAUCUCCCAAUGAGCAGAGCAAAACUGGAAGCACUGCUUCCUUACCAGGCAGUGCUCCUACAAAUAAAGAGGCUACAGGAGUGUCAAAUCUCUUUGGAUCAAUUAGCAGCCUGUUUAGCACAGAGCCCCCUCCACCACAGAAACAGGAAAUGAAACCUAGUGUUACAGAGGCUUCACUGACAUCAGCACCUAGACCUAAGGGUAUACAGAGACAACGAACAAUGGACCAAAGUGGUACCUCCCGGCCUGUGCAGAGCCAACCCCCAAACAAAAGUGUAUCCCAAACAUUUGCUCCCAGUCCUUCCACAGGCCUUGCUACAAGCCGAUCAGAAACUAUGCCACCCACAGUACCGAUAAAACAAGAAGCAGGAACUAAACCAUCUGGUGGACUGUUUGGAUUUUCAAUUGGAGAAAUGCUGUCAGGAUCAACAGCAGCUACCCAAUCUGGACCCACACCUCAGGCACCUGCAUCAGCUACAGCCCCACAAGAAGAAUCACUCGGUAAAAGUAUAUUAUCAAUAUUCAGUGGGCCAAGUCCUCCGCAGGCUGCACCUAAAACUGGGCCCUUGCCUCAAGCACAUCCGCCAAAUGCGGCUCCACAACCUCCUCAACAGGAAUCACUUGGUAAAAGUUUAUUAUCGAUGUUUGGAGGAUCAAGUCCUCCUCAGCCUCCCCCUCAAACCAAGCCUUCUGCUGAGGUACCACAACAGGGAACUGCUCCUCCAAAAGACCCCCCGAAUACAGGAUUCCUUUCAAUGUUUGGUGGUCCCAGCAACCAGCAGCAAGCCCAAACAGGAUCUCUUCUUGGAGGAAUACUGCCUGGGUCAUCAAGUUCAACUGAAAGCCCAAUGAAGGGACUGUUUUCAAUGUUUAGUGAUCCUAGUCCUCCACAACCUCAGCCACCAACAUCAUUAUCUCAACAAAGAGUAGCCCAAUCACAAACUCAACCACAAGGGGGACUUCAAUCUAAACCACAAGCACAGCCACAAGCACAAGGGCAGCCAGCCACCUCUGUUCUUGGGGGACUAUUUGGUGGCUUAUCUACCUCUAAUGAAAGUCCAAGAAAUGCUUUGUUCUCCAUGUUUAGUGGCCCCAGUACUCCUCAAACACCAGGGGCUGGUGGAAGUGCAAAUGUGUCUACUCCCCCAGUGACUGCAGCACCCAAUGAACCUGCAAAGAGUAUACUCUCUGUUUUUAAUGAUGUUGUGUCCCCUCCACAACAAACUCCUAAUUCAUCAUCUGCUAUUGUUACUGAUACUAAAGAGACACCAACAGCACAUGGUUCUUCCCAAAUGGCAUCUGUUUCCAGUAGCCAUGUCCCAGUGCCAGUAGCCAGCAGUGAAAUAUCAAGUGAAGUGCAUGUUAGCCCAUCUGCUGGUACUACUGCAGAUACUACAUCGGAUGCCACAAAUAAAGGCACUGAUAUUGCAUCUAUGGAGCCAAAUUCCGAAUUUGGCACUGUGCAAAAGGAAACAAGCACAGAAGGUGCACCCCAAGACCCUGCUCCCUCUAAAGAACCACCAGCUUCUGGCUUUCUGUCCAUGAUCAGUGGAUCAGGCCCACAGGCUCCAUCCUCACAAGCAGGAUUCAUUUCAGAUAGUCCAGGAAAAGGUUUGCUUUCAUUAUUUUCUGGCCCCAGCACUGAACCUAUUGCCCCUUCAGCUACGGGGUCUGCACCUGGAUCAUCAGUCCCCAAGGACCCACCAGCCACAGGUUUAUUUUCUCUGUUUGGAGGUUCUUCCCCUGAGCCCACUUCUCAGCCUGGAAGUUCUCUAUUAGGGGCAAUGUUUGGAGGCUCACCUCAAACAACAGCCUCUCAAACAGGGGGGUCAUUACUAGGUGGUUUGUUUGGAGGGUCUGCUCCUCAGGCUGCUGCUCCAACAGCAGGCCCUCAGGCAGGGGCAUCCUUACUUGGAGGCUUAUUUGGUGGAUCUGCUUCCCAGGCUGCUGGAUCUCAGACUGCAGGGUCUAUUUUGGGUGGCAUUUUUGGAGGAGCAGCAGCUUCAACAAAAGCACCUCAGACUAGUGGGUCCUUUGGUGGGUUGUUUGGUGGGGCUGCUACCCAAACUUCAGCACCCCAAAAUAGUAGCUCUAUAUUGGGAGGUAUUUUGGGGGGAUCAUCAUCUCAAACAGCUACUGCACACACUGGUAAAUCUACUCUAGGUGGCAUUUUACCUGGAGCUUCAGCUCCAAAUGAGGUACCUGAUAAAAGUUUGCUUCCUGUGCUUGGAGGAUCUGUUCCAACCGUAACACCCAUUACAACAGCUACACCAAAGUCCAAUGAUGAGAAUAAAACUUCAGAUGUAACUGUUCUACCAAAACCCAGUGAUGACAGUAAAACUGCUCCAGCUCUAGAUGGUCCUGAAAUGUCUGUUAUUGAGAUUGCCACCAAAAGCAAAGAGCAGGCCGAAACACUACACCAACCUGACAGUACAGUCCAGUGUCUUGAGACAAGCUUACCCAAAACUGAUGGCAAUGUCACAGAAGUUCAGUCAACUACGUUAGCGAAUGAUAUUCAGCCUAAAGAAUCUGAAAUCUGUGCACAAGCACAACAACUUGCAAAACCAGAGCUUGUGAGUUGUCAGUCAAGUCAAGAUACAAUACCACCUAAAGUAGAAGAGAGCACACCAGCCACCCAGUCAGCAAGUACUGUAGUCCAGGAACAACAAAAGCCUCCAGAGCCAGAGAAAUCUAUUGCUGACUCAGCAGCAGAUACAGUUACAGGCUUUAUGUCCUCCCUUUUCAAACCAACAGUUGCUCCCACUCAAGGUCCCCAGCAACAGCAGGGAGGAACGGCACCCCAAGCUGCUACUGGUCAGAGUGGACCAUCACUAUUGGGAGGUAUUUUUGGAGGUUCCAGCACCGAGACAGCAGCUCCCCAGACUGGGGGAUCAUUACUGGGAGGUUUAUUCAAGGGGUCUGCUCCUCAGUCAGGACCUCAAACCACUGCCCCCACCACUGGAGGGUCAAUAUUAGGUGGGAUAUUUGGAGGAGGACCCACAGCCAACUCUGUAGGUCCCCAGACUGCUGGAUCGUUUCUGGGUGGGAUGUUUGGAGGAUCUGCGGCAACAGCACAGCCUGGUGGUUCUUUACUUGGAGGAAUGUUGGGAGGAGUCACUGCUCAGACUGCAGGAUCACAGACUGGAGCAUCAAUACUUGGGGGCAUAGGCGGAUCUUUAUUUGGUGGUAUGGGACAACCACCUAAGCCAUCUGAACCAAUGCCAUCUGAGCCCAAGCCAAUGCCUGGCACUACUCCACAGUCACAGAUUAAGAAUGAGAGUGUGCCACCAAAAGUGUCUCCAUCAGGCACUGAGACUAGCACAAAUAAAAUAGUGGACUCAAACCUACCAGAUUACGAUCCAGUAAAAUCUGGCAGCCUAACAAGUAGUGAUGCCGUGGCAUCUGAAGCAGCUUGUCCAGAAACCUCUGCUGUCACAAAUGCCUCAAUAAGCACUACGUGUGACCUCACCCAUCAAGUAGAGAACACUGAAAAAGAGACGCCAGCUGUUGAGGGAGAGAUGAUACAUGAGAAGCCCAUGGUCAUUAAAGGAGACCCUGAGAGUAAAGAAAGUGACAAAUCAGUCCCACCUGAUGCCAAGGAAGUAGAUGCUAAUAUAGCUCCUACAGUUAAUCAGUUGCCCAACAAUGCAGAGCCACCUCAAGCUAAGUCUCUGUUUGGUUUUAUAUCGACACAGAGUGAUGCAGGAAAAUCUCUUGGGAGCCUAUUUUCUCCAACAUUGUCGUCAGGUGCUCCAUCAAUGCCUCAAACAGAAGGAAUGAGUGGUCUGUUUUCAGGAUUAAAAACCCUUUCUGGAGGCCUAUUUCAAGACGAAAAAGCUGUUGCUGGAAAACAAGAGCCACCAACCACUUCAUUAUUUGGGACAAAAAUAAGUUUUCCUUGGCAGGCAGAGCCACCCAAACCACAAGCUGUCCCAGUUGCAACACCUCAACCCAAAACUAACAACAAGCCAACAAGUGGUCAAGCCCAAACUUUACAAAAGGUUGCAACAUCUGAUGCCCAAAAAACUGAAUCGGUAGGUUCCACAGAUGAUAUAGCAAACCCCCAGAUUUGCAUCUCCACUCCUGAAGUAGAUCCUUCAGCAUCCCCGAUCCCCAAGGAGAAGGAAGGGCUUGUAGAAACAUACCCCUCUACAGGUCCUAUCUCUGGAGUGCAGCUGGACAACCAGUCCAACAAGGAUCUAUUGAAUUCAAAAAGGCUAGUAGAAGCAUAAUAAAUGGCAUUCCCCCUUACCAUUUAUGAUGCAUUGACGUUUUGGAAAAACUGUAUUCCCUGUUCAGCUCUACAGUCCCUCCUCACUAGUUUAAUUCAAUAUUUAGCUUGAGCAUGUGCAUAUCCAUGUGUUUGUGUAUUCAUUGAUAUGGGUAUUUUGUGUGUAGCAUCUACAUAAUUUUACAUGUCAUUUUCAAAACAGAAUUCCAAAACAACAUUUACAUAUUUAUAUAUUCAUGGUCAAUUCGCAAGUGAACGUACUAAUAAUAAUUAAUUAGUUUAUUAAAGAGAGACGAUUACUUAUGCUACUCUUCUGAUACUGAUUCAGGGUUUGCCUUCUUCACUCAAAUGAUAUUCAUUUUUAUUGUUGUCCUCAUAGUUCUGCACGUACAAAUCAGCAAGUAAUAUCCUCACAUCAGCAACUGUUUGACAAAUUUCAUUUCUUCUUCAGUUUGUGAAGAGACAUAUUUAUAGUAUCAAGUUUAAGCACAACUGCCUGCAAUAUUAUAAAUAAUGUAAAUCGAGUUUGAGCAUGGAAUUCUAAUUUGUGUUGUUAUAUUUUAUAUGGUGAAAAUGAUGUCACAGUUAUGUUUAUCUAUUAACAUAAAAUCACAUUUCUUAAAUCCUUACCAUUUAACCCAGAAAUGGCACUUUAUAAAAGAUACAAUUUUAAACACACAUAUCAACUCUGCAUAUUUUAUUGUCCACAUCCACAUGUACUUUCACCCUGUGUCUCCAUAAACCUAGUUACCAUCAUAUAGGAUACCGUUUAUAUGUGUUCUGUCUUGUUGAGUGGAAAGGCUAACAUUGACAAUAAAAUAUGCAGAUAAAAGUGUGUGCAGAAAUAUACUCUUUUUAGUAAGGACUAGCAAAAACAGGGGAUUUUAUACCUCACACCACAAAAUAUAGCACAGUCCUAUGUGUGCCAUUUCUAUUUGAAAAUGCAACUCUAAUGUAGUGCAUAAUGCAGUUUAUAAUGCACAUUUUCAUUAUUUUCCAACAUGCAACAGUCUCCCUGCAAGGUUGGGUAUCUUUUUAGGGCAUGAUGUGGUGUGUGUAUACUAUACCAAUUGAUCGUUAAGAGAGGUUUUUAAUAAAAGUAGACCUUUAG